UCUCGGAUCUGAGCGCCUACAACUGACACUUGUUGAGGGUACAUGUGUUGUGGACAGCAGCCGGUUGAUGAGGAACCACUUCUGGGGACUAAACCGUAAGCUUCGAGACAGAUGAGCCGACAUCUGGAGCAGGUCACACACCAUCAGGCAGAGUGAUACUCUUGUCAGCCGCAGUCAGCAUCAACAGGCUGAACAGAUGCUCUGGGAGAGACAGUAUAAAGAGGCCAACACAUUCAGUCAGCCUCUGUGGCCACACUAAUAGAGUGAACAAGCAGAGCAUGUGAUAAGAGCCAGGUGCUGCUCAGAUUCAGCAGAGGUCAUCAUUGGUGAGGUACAACGCUCACAGCUCAUCCCUCAGAAAGAGACACUGCAGUCUGAGACCCCUCACCAGGCCUGCAGGCGGCCUCCUCCUCCACCAGAUCUGACUGGCUACUUGGUCUGAAAGGCUGAAGUCCCUUCAAACACCGAGAAAGACAGUAAUUCCACUUAGAGCUGUGAGCCGAGUGAUUGACAGGACCGACAGACAUGGGGAAGCAGAACAGCAAGCUCCGUCCUGAGGUGAUGCAGGACCUGCUAGAGAGCACUGACUUCACCGAGCAUGAGAUCCAGGAGUGGUACAAGGGCUUCCUGAGGGACUGCCCCAGCGGGAACCUCUCCAUGGAGGAGUUCAAGAAGAUUUACGGCAACUUCUUCCCAUACGGCGACGCUUCCAAGUUCGCCGAGCAUGUCUUUCGCACGUUUGAUGCAAAUGGCGAUGGGACGAUAGACUUCCGGGAGUUCAUCAUUGCACUGAGUGUGACAUCACGCGGCAAGCUGGAACAGAAGCUGAAAUGGGCUUUCAGUAUGUAUGACCUGGACGGGAAUGGGUACAUCAGCAAGGCCGAGAUGCUUGAGAUUGUACAGGCAAUUUAUAAGAUGGUAUCUUCAGUGAUGAAGAUGCCGGAGGAUGAGUCAACACCUGAGAAAAGGACAGAGAAGAUCUUCAGGCAGAUGGACACCAACAGAGACGGUAAGCUGUCUCUGGAGGAAUUCAUCAAAGGAGCGAAGAGCGACCCCUCCAUCGUCCGGCUGCUGCAGUGUGACCCCAGCAGCGCUGGACAGUUCUAAGCCCGGGCUGUCAACCCAACCUUGCUUCUGUGGGUGCCGCCACUAGCCCUAACUCUCCACUAUGGAGCAGACUGAUGAUGAAGAAUGAGAAGCUGUUGACGAUGAGGAAGACAGGCCUUCAAUAUGCACUGAGGACUUAACAGAUGGGCACAGGAGCCGCAUUCUCCAGUUCUCCCAGACCCCUUCAUCCCUACCCUCCAAAUCCCAGCAGAGACUGAACCCAAAGUUUUCCCCAAGGCCUCGCCAGGCCGCCUCCAACCCCACCCACCCCGUAAUUGACAAGGAUCCCUCAGUUUUCCAACAGGCAUGUCAGAGUAUCCGGAGGGCCUACAGUACGUUGUAUAUAUAAACUGGAGUCUCUGUAUCGGUGUCUUUGCUUGGCUCUCUGUGCCCACGAGGCUCCAGACAGGACAGCACAGACCUUAUGUGUAUCGUAGACAGAGUGUGUGCAUGAGAGAACGAGAGCGAGAAAGGGAGACGUGAUGGUGUUGAAUUAAAGGACAUACUGUAGUUGAGAUUAUUUAACCGUCAGGAAGGACUUUUGAAGUUUUGUCCUACACUUGGAAAGAGAACUGGUUUUAGUUUUCCUCUUUUUUUUCUACUGUGAGAAUGUGUACGUGUGUUUGUGUUUUUUUUUUUGUUUGUUUGUUUUUUGUUUUUGUUUUUUUUUUUUAAAACUUGAUACACUCGUUUAUACAUAUUUUGUGCUGGGAUUUCAAGACUCAAGAUUAUGUGGACUUAAUAUUGUGCUACUAUGCAUAUACACCCUCAUCAAUAGUUUUUAUUUUGUGAAGUAUCACAGAUGUAAUGAAGGAUGAAAAGCAUCCCUUUACCUAUUGCUCUUUCCAAGGGUUUUUCAUACCAGUAAGAAUUGAAAAUUUUAUAGUUGCAGUGUUAUCACCACCUAGCAGAAAAAAAUUAAAAACAAAACAAACAAACAAAAAAAAAAAAAAACAGCCAAACCUUUUAAGUAUUUCCAGGCUCUUUGAGUGCAGUGUAGACACGCACCCGGAUAUGUAGAGCAAAAAGUUAUUAUAGAUAGUUCAGAUGGCUGAGUUCUCCAAAACAAUCACCUCCUUUUAAAAAUCAAGUUGUCAAACAAAUGUGAAAUGAAAAGUUGAAUUUAAGCUGUUUUGAGGGAUAUCAAGCAUGCAAACCAGUUUGUUCGUUGACAUGUGCUGCGUGAAGAGCAACACCAUGCUUCCUCACACUCACUUUUAGAUGUUUUAAAUGCCGCAUGUUGAAUCACUUGUUCAGAAGUUGGGUAAGGGGGUGCGUGGACUAAAUAACACGUAUGCAUGUGACUUAUGUGCAUGUGUGUAUAUGUGUGUUUAUGGAUAUCAGUGGCUAAUGGUCACCCAGCUCUACCAGCUUCUGUAUGUUAGUAUUGUCAUCAUUAUUACUACCAGUAGUCAGUGUUACUGACAGCGUAUUGACUGCCAAAGCUGACAUCUAAUGGUUGAAAUGAAUAACUUCAGCGGCGGCCAGCAGACACAAGAGUCUGUGCACGUGGAUGACGUAGGCACACAUACACAUGUGCACUGUUGCGUGGGAAUGCUGUAUUGUCAUGAAGGAAAUAAUUCAGUUAUUGUCCAUCUGUGCAGCUGCAGUUCUGUCAUGCUGCAGCCCGACAGGGCUGUGAGCCGUGGCUUGACGGUGCAGAGGACUAAAUCUUUUCCUGUGCAACAGCCCCAGAUCUGUGCACACGCAACACGCCCAAAUUUGGCUUCUGCUGCAUGAAUGUAAUUCACAGUUUUGCUGCCGGUUCCACAUCAACACAUCAGCGCUGGUUUCCCAAAAACAUUGUAGCACUAAUGUAAACACUGUAAAUUGAAAUGGAAGAGAGAUGCAUCGUGGUGGCUCACUUUUUUGACCCUGAUGGCUUCAUCUCCUCCCACUCCAUCGUUCCUCAGUUUCCUCAGAAUACUCCAAAAAAAAAAAAAAAGCAAAACAAAACAAAACAAAAAAACAACUCCCCCCUAGGAUGUUUUUGGGAAACCCAACCCAGGACCAUUUUGACCCUCACCCUGAAUGUAACUGAGCCCCUCCCCACAGGGCUGAAAUAAGUGGUUUCAGUUACUGAGUUGCUUUUAAAUCAGAAAAGUUUUGAAUGUUUUUGUUGAAUAACUGCUGUUUUGUAAAAGGAAACAAAAAUUAAAUAAAACUAAAAAAAAUAUAUAUAACAUUUAAAAUAAAAAAAAACAUUGAAACAACCGAGGAUCACAACUACUGCAAUGAUAUUGUCACAAUGUAUUGCUUUUUAUUGUAUUUCUAUUAUUAUAAUUAUUUUUAUUUUUUUUUUAAAGCUGCGUCAGGUGUAACAUUUCUGUUAAACACAAUAGCAUCUUGUGGUCAAGUGCCAAAUAAAAACAAAAACAGUAUUGUAUAAAUUUAUACUGUAAAACUGUUAUCUGUUGAACAAAAUGUUUGUAAUUGUUGCAUUUUGUAGGUUUUGUAUGGUAUCCUGUAUUUAGUGACUGUAGUUUUUGAACACAGGAUUCUGUUUUUUGGUCAACUUUAAACAGCAAAAAUUAAAUCUACAAAUUUUUGUGCUCUAGCAUUGA